UUCUGACCUCAUCGAACCCCUAGUAUUUGUGGGCUAAUUAAGUUUCAACUUUGUGCCUCUUUAGUCCAAAAAACCAAACCCCACACUUCACUUUUUCCCUCUAUUUAAUCCCCCUUACCCCGCUCCCAUUUUAGCUCAACUCACUUCCCAAACUUCUUUACUCCUUUAGUGCAUAAAGUCUUACACUAAAGGAACCAAACAUGUCUCACGUUGUCUACCUUGUCCUAACCAUUUCCUCUCUUCUUUUUUACUCUUCCUUUGCUCAUCCCCAUGCCGGGCAAGGUUGGACAGAAGCUCACGCCACCUUCUACGGUGGUGGCGACGCCUCUGGCACUAUGGGAGGGGCAUGUGGGUAUGGAAACUUGUACAGCCAAGGCUAUGGUACAAACACGGCGGCAUUGAGCACGGCGCUGUUCAACGGAGGGUUGAGCUGCGGGGCGUGCUACGAGAUGCGGUGCGUGAACGACGCGAGGUGGUGUCUUCCGGGGUCAAUUAUUGUGACGGCCACCAAUUUCUGCCCACCAAACAAUGCGCUGCCAAACAACGCAGGAGGUUGGUGCAACCCUCCCUUGAGGCACUUUGACCUUGCUCAGCCUGUUUUCCAGCAAAUGGCUCACUACAAGGCUGGAAUUGUCCCCGUUUCCUUUAGAAGAGUACCAUGCCGAAAGAAGGGUGGAAUCAGAUUCACAAUCAACGGUCAUUCUUACUUCAACUUGGUUUUAAUCACCAACGUUGGAGGUGCAGGAGAUGUUCAUGCAGCCUCAAUCAAAGGGUCUAGAACUAAUUGGCAAUCUAUGUCAAGAAACUGGGGGCAAAAUUGGCAAAGCAACUCUCUCCUCAAUGGUCAAAGCCUCUCCUUUAAGGUCACCGCCAGUGACGGCCGAACUGUCACCGCCCUCAACGUGGCACCUCCUAAUUGGUCGUUUGGCCAAACUUACACCGGUGGCCAAUUUUAAUACAUAAAUAUCACUAGAAAAAAAAAAAAAAAA